CACUUGUUCAUAUUCUGCCACAUAAUUUAUUCUCUGAUAGCUCUAUAAGGAUUCAGAAGCAGGAGGCGUAAAAUCAGCUAAUAAAGUUCGCCGGUGGCGGCGAAGCGGCUGUGUGAGUUAGGAGUUGUGGUUGUAUGGCGGUGGAGUACCGAUGUUGCGAGGCGGGGUUCUUCAUUCGCAUUGCGGUUGUGGCUUUUCUGGUGCUGUUUGCAGGCCUCAUGUCCGGCCUCACUUUGGGCCUCAUGUCUCUCAGCUUAGUCGACCUUGAAGUUCUCGCCAAAUCCGGCACUCCCAAGGAUCGAAAGCAUGCUGAAAAGAUAUUGCCCGUUGUUAAGAAUCAGCAUUUGUUGCUUUGCACUCUGCUUAUCUGCAAUGCUGCUGCUAUGGAGGCUCUUCCUAUUUUCCUUGACAGUCUCAUCUCAGCUUGGGGGGCAAUCCUGAUAUCCGUGACAUUGAUACUUCUGUUUGGUGAGAUCAUCCCACAGUCCAUUUGUUCGAGACAUGGGCUAGCUAUUGGUGCGACUGUGGCCCCAGUGGUUCGUGUCCUUGUCUGGAUCUGUUUCCCAGUUGCAUAUCCUAUAAGCAAGUUGUUGGAUUCACUACUUGGCCAUGGACAUAGAGCUCUAUUUCGACGUGCUGAGUUGAAAACCCUUGUUAAUUUACAUGGAAAUGAGGCUGGAAAAGGGGGAGAGCUCACACAUGAUGAAACGACCAUCAUUGCAGGGGCAUUGGAACUCGGUGACAAAACAGCAAGCGACGCAAUGACUCCAAUAUCUGAAAUUUUUGCUAUUGAUAUUAAUGCUAAGCUCGACAGGGUUUUAAUGAAUGAAAUCUUGGAGAAAGGACACAGCAGAGUCCCUGUCUACUACGAGCAACCUACAAAUAUAAUUGGGCUUAUUCUGGCGAAAAACUUGUUGGCGAUUCAUCCGGAGGAUGAAGUCCCAGUGAAAAGUGUCACUAUUCGCAGAAUUCCAAGGGUUCCUGAAACUAUGCCAUUAUAUGACAUCUUGAAUGAAUUCCAGAAGGGGCAUAGUCACAUGGCUGUUGUUGUUAGGCAGUGUAACAAGGCUGCGGACAAGCCUCCUAGCACGGAUGCUGCAGGAGAUGCAGUCAAAGAUGUGAGAGUCGACAUUGGUGGUUCAUCGCAUAAAAAUGUUAAGUCGAAGAUACCUCUGCAGAAAUGGAAGAGUUUACCAAACACAGGAAGCAAUUCCUUCAAGGGUACACCAAGGAGCAAGAAAUGGGCAAAAAACAUGUACUCUGAUAUCCUGCAGAUAGAUGAAAAUCCACUCCCAAUGCACCCCGAAGAGGAAGAGGCGGUCGGGAUAAUAACCAUGGAAGAUGUCAUUGAAGAGCUCUUACAGGAAGAGAUAUUCGAUGAAACAGAUCACCAUCUCGAAGACUCGUGACAUAUCAUAUGUAAAUGUUCAAUGUAAAGUGUGUUGUGUAUGAUAAUAGGUAGUGGAACAAGUUUUGGUUCCAUGUGUACAGAGUACAUACAGCUGUUGAAGAGGAAAGUCACACUUUCUUAGUGAGCUGCUUACAGAUGACUCGAUAA